UCACAUCAUAGCUCUCACAUUUCCCCCAUUUCAGCUGAAACUUAUUUCCUUUCGACAAUCAAGUCAAACAAUGCCGUACUACUCAAGGGGCGGUGAUGAUGAGUUCGACGAGUUCGACGAGUUCGAUCCGACUCCUUACGGUGGCGGAUACAAUAUCGAAUUGACCUACGGUCGCCCCUUGGAACCAUCCGAUGAGACUUGCUACACUUCAGCCACACCAUCCGAUGGCGACUUUGAUUACCGCCGUCCCGAUUUCUCUUCCGGUGCCGAGCACCUUGCUUAUGCCGACGAAGCUCUCCAAACUGAAUACAGUAGCUAUGCCAGACCCAAGCCCCGACCUGGCCGUUUCGAACCUGCUCCUGCUUAUGGUUCUGGAUCUGAUCAGUAUGGAGCUCAGCAUGAAUCUGGUUAUGAAAGGAAGCCUGAAUAUGAGCAAUCCGAAUCUGGUUAUGGACGAAAGCCUGAAUUCGAGCAGCCUCCUUCGGAGUAUGGAUCUGGGUAUGGCCGGAAACCCGCAUAUGAGCAUUCACAUCAAUCGGAUUAUGGAUCCGGUUAUGGACGGAAACCCGAAUUCGAGCAGCCUCCACCUCCUGAAUUUGGAUCUGGGUAUGGUGGAAGACCUGAGUAUGGGGAACACGGAUCCGAAUAUGGAUCUGGAUAUGGCAGGAAACCCGAUUAUGUGGAACAAGGAUCCGAAUACGGAUCUGGAUAUGGCAGGAAACCCGGGUAUGGGGAACAAGGAUCCGAAUAUGGCAGGAAACCCGAGUAUGGGGAACAAGAAUCCCACUACGGAUCCGGAUAUGGCAGGAAACCCGAGUAUGGGGAAUCCGAAUCUGGAUAUGGAUCUGGGUAUGGCCGAAAGGCUGAGUACGAAGGUGGCGGAUCUGAAUAUGGGUCCGGAUAUGGACGCAGGACCGAAACUGAGGGCGAGUAUGGAUCUGGUUAUGAAGGUAAGGCAGAGACCGAAUACGGGUCAGGAUAUGAGAGGAAACCAAGUUAUGGGAAAUCACAGGAAGAGGAGGAAGGGUAUAGGAAGCCGAGUUACGGGAGGAAACAUGAUGAUGAAUCAGACGAUGAAAAGAAGAAGAGUUAUGGUUAUGGCGAUGAAGAAGGCUAUGACCGCAAGAAAUAUGGUGGCGAAAACAGUGAUGAUGAUGAAGAGAAGCAUCAUCACCGCUAUAAGCACCACCACCAUAAGCGCCAUGACGACUAUGAUGAGUAGUCAUACUGGUGGUUCCCUCUACAGAUGGAGUUCAUGCCAUAGUAGCUAC